CCAGCCCACUGUCAUUUGCAAAAGAAAAGUCCCUAAUUAUGCAUGACAAUAGCUAUGGCACACAUGAGUGGACGCAGCAAGUGUGAUGUCACAAGCUAGUGUGCAGUGCAGUCUUUGCUGUGUGUGUGUGUUUGUGUGUGCAGUACAGCAUGGUACCUGUGUGUGCAUAAGAGCUGUAUUAUGUGGAGACGGCAUAGCCUGGCACCGGAUUUCAAUAGUGGUUUGUCUUUUUUCCCCUCAAAGGCUUUUUGAUGUUGCUGUACAGCGUUGCAUUGAGUUUCUGGUGUCAAAAGACGGACUGCUUCGAAUUGAGUACGACCAGUCAACCAACUGUCGCUUUAUAGCAAACAUCAGUAUCGGAUCAUGUGGUUAAGACUUAUAUUAUAAACGGAAUACACCAGCAUGAUCAUUGUAGCAGUGAAAUUACUGGCAUAAGUUGUUACUAUCAAAAUGUUAUUAUCAGAGAUGGAGGGGUCUACUGUGAUGAAAAGAUGGCAUAGUCAAAACCAAGGAAGAAAACAGAAAUCCAGCUAUUCCUUUAAGCAAGAAUGACAUCAAUUUUAUAUCACAAGAGCAGCAAGGCAAAUAAUAGAAAGGAAAUUAGUUCUUGAGUGGACAUCGCAAUGCUGAAACUCCAAAGAUGGCCGUGGUAUUUACGCUAGUUAUUCUGAAGGGCAUCAUGCUCCUGGUCGUGUUCCAUGCAUAUCUUACCCAUGGUAAAUCUCUCAAUGGGUUGUUGGAGAGGAGAGAGGAAUGUCCAAUGUCAUGUACAUGUUACAACCGCACAGUCCAUUGCAGCUCCAUGAACCUAAGGAAAGUGCCUUUCAACAUUCCCCCAAGAACAAACGCGCUGUAUCUGAACGAUAACGCCAUCGACAAGUUAGAUUUCGGGCUUUUAUCAAGACUCAGUAGGUUGGAGGAGUUGCAUCUGCAAAGUAAUAAACUUGAGGGAAUCAAAGAGAAAGAUAUUGAAUUCCUUCCUCAGUUAAGACAUGUCGAUCUGAGAGAUAAUCCUUUAGUGUGUGAUUGCAGCCUUGCUCAGGUGAUGGGAAGGACGUUAGAUGAUACAAAAAAAUUCAAUAUGAUAUUGGGGGAUACGAAAUGUGUUGCACCUAUGCAAAAUGAGAAGAGACAAGCAAGUGAUGUACUGAGAAGACUUGACUGCAGACAUCGCAGUAGGAGAGGGGAAAUGCAAUGUCAUCCAAGGUACUGUCUCAACGGUGGUACGUGCAUCGAAGGCUACGAAGGGCCAUUUUGUGAAUGCCCAGAUUCUUUUGUGGGUCAAUACUGUGAGAGACCAAAUUCAGAUGUUGUGCGCAUCUUUCUAGAUGACAUCACUGCUAACAGUGUGAAGGUAUCAUGGAGGCCACCACAUCAUGUUGAUGUAGAGAAGUACUUUGUGACUUUCCGUGAACAGAGCCCUGCAGCCGAUCCAAAACACUUUUGGACGCGAGAAGAUUAUUAUAUCUUCGUAAGACUAAUUCCAGGGUCAUUUUACCAAGUGUGUAUUAUAGGAUAUUUAAGUGAAGAUGAUACUCUAGAUGAAUGUUGCAAGGAAUUUGCCACACAACCUCAUCCCAGUCGUCCCGAACCUGGAUACCCAGACCAUCCAGACCAUCCUGACCCUCACUUCCCAACUACUGAAUCUAGAGACAGGGAAGAUGUCAUUCACAAAGCAGCUGUUAUUCUAGGAUCUAUCAUAGGUGUCUGUGCCUUUUUCAUCAUCUGCCUGACUCUGGUUUACAAAUUCCGUACCCUGAGCAACACCAGGAACUUGGAUGGAAGAUCUCCUUCUCCUCCGAUUGAUGCCGAAGCCGAGGCAGAAACAGAGAUCUCACAAGCUCCAGGCAGUGAGAACGAUGCUGGCCGUGAUGUCUUUGUGGUUUCCGUUCCAACUCCAGAACAACCAUCAGCUCCACCUGAAAACGAAGUACUUGAAACAGAUACUGCAAUGCCAGAUCCUAUCCCAAUAAACAGGGUCCUACAUGCCCUACAGCCACCGAGUUCGCGAGGGCAGCAGGAGGCACCCUCACAAAACACUGUAGUACUAUACCGUCCUGAAAACAGAAACACGGUAGAGGACCUGUCACGGGACAACCCCUCAGGAACAGCACCCUUCUUUAUUGUGGCAGACGGCAACCACUACCCUCUCGAUCCAGCUCUUUCACAGGUUUUAUGCAGUGCAAUGUCCAGAAGCAACAUUCCUAGACAACCCCUUCCCAAUGAACCACCACCACCCUACUCAGAGAGAGCAGAAGAUACCCAACUAACCCAAGUCUCAAUCAGAAACAGAACAGAGUCUGAUCAUUUGUCUAAUGUUACAUGUGAAAGAAACCUUGAUGCAUCAUUGGUAGACACUCUAGAAGAAGACAAAUAAUUUUACUAUUACCUCAUCUUGUCUAUAAGUAGAGUAAACUAUUAAAGAGAGUAGCAACCCUUGCCUCUUUUGGGAUAUUAAACUUUGUCUAUGUACAUGUAGCUGUUAUUGUUUAUAAAAAUAGUUUAUGCAAGAAUAAUCAGGAAUGAAAUAAACAGAGAAUCAUUUUAACUGCUCUGUAAAAAUACAUAUUUUUCAGCAAGAGUGUGACUUGUGUUCAGUUAAAAAAAAAAAUGGAACUCUUGCCUUGCUGGCAAAGGGUCAGUAGGACGUGCAUGCGCAAUGAUUUUCCAUUCCUGUGCGAAUUGCGCAAGGGCUAUAGCUUGAGUGCACACUGUCUGACCAACAAAAAUAGGAAUGGGAAUUUUGUUGCCAGCAACAAACUUGUAUUUCUUUUCUAAGACAUCUCAGCUCGACUUAAAAUUUUUGAUAUUUCAUUACAACAGAUGUUAUUAAUCACUCACAAAUUCAAUAGUAAAAGAGAUAUGACAAAGUUAUAUGAUCAGAACUUGGAGAACACAAAGGGCAUAUUUCUCUUGAUGUUUCAUUGGGAUUUAGCAAAUAAAUGUAGCAAAAAAAAGGCCCCAUUUCAUAAGAACUUACAAUUUAUAGUAACAUUGCUAUUAUCGUAACUACAUGUAAAUGCACCAUGAAAACAUUGAUUUUAUUUGUUUUUUUAAGCCCUGUUACCAUGGUUGUUACCAUAAUGGCAUUUACAUGAUGUAAGUUAUCUAUGAAACAUACCCUUUAUAAAGUUUUGGGUUUACUAAUUCCUUAUAAAAAGGAAAUAACGCUUUUUUUAGUUUACUUCAUAAUACAAUUGAUUUACUAUAAAUAAAUUCCAAAAUAUACAUUUUGUUAAAAUUACAUACUGUGAAACUAGAAUUAGCUUUUAAAACAAAACAUUCCACAUAGAGAAAAUUUGCCUUAAAAGUUACUUUAAAAAAGGUACUGAAGCAAGCAUGUUAUUUUUCAGUGAAGUAUCAAUUGCCUUAAAUUCAAAUAUCUCGUUGAAUGUAGAAUAACUUAUGCAAUUUUCAAAGAUAUAUGUCUACUUUGUUGGAAUAUGUAAUGUGUAUGUAUUCAACUAAGACGUUAGUUAAAAUGGGGAAACAAACAUGAGAAGAGGGGGGGGGGGGGGUUAAAGAGCCGGCAAGCAAGAGGGGAAAGGGGGGGGUCCUCCAUUUUGUGAUAUUUCAUAAGAAGAGUAACCACAUACUUCAUGCAUAUAACUAUGGUAAAGCCCUGGGUUAAAAACUACAGGAUUUUUUCACAAACAAGUGAUAUGAGAAGAAAUUGACAUGAUUUAGAAGAAAUUAUCUGUCUCAA